AUGGGCAACAACUUCCAGCCUUCGAGGGUGGAGGUUGUUUCGGCACUAAUAAGUAAGGCUCUCGUCAAGAUUGAUCGAUGUGGACAGGGCGAAGAAAGGCCUAUCGCAGUUUAUAUGACGUUUAACUUGCGCGAUAAAGUCAAACUAAAGAUACCCGCAAAUUCUUGUGGCAAUUUCUUCAGCAUGAUUUCUGGGCGCUCCGAUCAACCCGCGGCCAGCAAAAGGAAUCCGGAGUUCAAUGAGAUGGUGAAUAUAAUCCACAAUAUGAUAUCGGACGCUAAAACGAAAUAUGCAACAAUAGUAAACAAGCAGGAGUUCUGCUCGACGGUGGGGAAUUCUAUAGCCGAAUUUGUCAAAGUCGCGUCCUCAAGCGAAGUCUUUACGAUUCCUUUUAGUAGCUGGUGCCGUUUCGGGCUAUAUGAGAUCGACUUCGGGUGGGGAAGGCCGGUUCUAGUCAGCAACAUAUCAUUGAAUCUCAGAUCGGUCUUUCUUAUCGACGAUGAAGAGGGCAAAGGAAUUGAUGCAUGGACAACCACAACUGGAGAUGAGAUGAUUCUUCUUAAACAAGAUCCGGAUAUUCUGGCAUUCACUUCCUAG